AUGUUGGUCAGGCAGUGGGAGAAAAUCGGGCACCCAGUUUUUUUUUUUUUUUUUUUUUUUUUUUUUGAAUAAUAACAUCGAUUAAAGCUUGAUUUAUCCUUAUAGUUACAGCAUAGUGGAUUACAUACUUGUUGGAAAAGUAAAAGCCGGCGUGCAGACUAGGGGAUAUUUAUUACAGAAGAAUUGUAAAGGAUCGUUUUAACCAGGAUCUUGUUUUAACUGAUCGAAAUUUGUAAGGCGAAGUUUUUUUUUCGCCACUUCUCACUUUGCAGCUGUCAGACUCGUUUGGCCUGGCAGGCAUUUAUGGACAGAGGCCUGGAUAAACUUAAUUUCAUGUGGCCGCAUGCUAACUCUGCAACAUUUAUUUUAUCACUUCUUUUUGCGUGGAUAUGAUCUGUUUGUAUGUUUUAAAAGAGCUUGUUCUCCACAUAUCUCCAGAAGCUAAAUUAGCUUAGCGCAGUAUAAUCUGUUGCUGCUGCUUUUGUGUUUGCCAAGUUGUCAUGGACUAAUCCGACACCUUGUUUUGUUGUUGUUUUGUUUUUGAAAAUGUGGCUUUUCGUCAUCUCUCGGUGUUGUAUACGUUUCAACGAGAGUGAUAAUAAGACAGUAAGACACAAAACGUUGCUUUGAGCAAACUAGUGCUUAUUGCUUUGUGAGGGCAGAGGAAGUUGGCGAGUUCAUUUGCUAACCUUAGCUAGUAAACUCACAUCUCUUCCAUACGUCUGAAUCGAAUCCAUCGGAUCAGUUAUGAACAUGUCUGCUGGAGAAAGUUUGACAGCUCGCUUCGAGAAGAUCGAUGCUAUGCUGAAGGAUCCCAAAUCAGAGAUCAACACAGAUUGUCUGCUGGACAGUUUGGAUGCUCUGGUUUAUGACCUUGACUUUCCGGCCCUGAGGAAAAACAAAAGCAUCGAUAACUUCUUAAAUAGAUAUAAGGACACAAUCAGCAAAAUUCGUGAGCUUCGUAUGAAAGCAGAGGACUAUGAAGUGGUAAAGGUCAUAGGAAGAGGGGCAUUUGGAGAAGUACAACUGGUGAGGCACAAAGCCACGAGGAAAGUGUACGCCAUGAAGCUGCUCAGCAAGUUUGAGAUGAUCAAAAGGUCGGACUCUGCUUUCUUCUGGGAAGAGAGGGAUAUUAUGGCCUUUGCAAACAGUAAUUGGGUAGUACAGCUGUUUUAUGCAUUCCAAGACGAUCGCUACCUCUAUAUGGUGAUGGAGUAUAUGCCAGGUGGAGACCUGGUCAACCUAAUGAGCAACUAUGAUGUGCCUGAGAAGUGGGCACGUUUCUACACUGCUGAGGUUGUGCUGGCACUGGACGGCAUCCACUCCAUGGGCUUCAUUCACAGGGACGUAAAGCCUGACAACAUGUUGCUAGACAAGACAGGCCAUUUGAAGCUGGCAGACUUUGGAACCUGCAUGAAAAUGAACAAGGAUGGAAUGGUACGAUGUGACACAGCAGUAGGAACUCCAGACUAUAUUUCUCCAGAGGUACUGAAGUCGCAGGGAGGAGACGGCUACUAUGGCCGAGAGUGUGACUGGUGGUCUGUGGGGGUCUUCCUGUAUGAGAUGCUCGUUGGUGACACGCCAUUCUAUGCUGACUCGCUGGUGGGCACCUACAGCAAAAUCAUGAAUCACAAGAAUGCCCUGACCUUCCCCGAUGACAGUGACAUCUCAAAAGAUGCAAAAAGCCUCAUCUGUGCAUUCCUCACGGACAGGGAGGUGCGGUUAGGACGCAAUGGAGUCGAUGAAAUCAAGCGACAUAAUUUUUUCAAGAAUGACCAGUGGGCAUGGGAGAACAUCAGAGAGACGGCUGCUCCAGUGGUGCCGGAGCUAAGCAGUGACGUAGACACAAGCAACUUUGAUGACAUUGAGGAAGAUCGAGGGGAGGAGGAGACUUUCCCCAUUCCUAAAGCAUUUGUAGGCAACCAGCUUCCAUUUGUGGGUUUCACCUAUUACAGCAAUAACCAGUUCCCUCGGGAAUCAACUAUAAAGACAAGUGACAAACGCUGCUCAACAAAGGAAGAUAAGAGUCAUUUGGAGAAUCUUCAGAAGAGAAUUUAUCAGUUAGAAGAACAACUUCACAGUGAGAUGCAGCUGAGAGAUGAGAUGGAGCAGAAGUGCAGGGCAUCCAGUACAAAGCUAGACAAGAUAAUGAAAGAGUUAGAUGAGGAGAGUAACCUAAGGAAGAGUGUGGAGGCUAACAUGUCUUUACUGGAGAAAGACAAGAUCAUGAUCCAGCACCGAGCAACAGAACAUCAAAGAAAGGCUGACCAGGAGGCUGAAAAACGAAGAAAUCUGGAGAAUGAGGUGUCUACUUUGAAGGAGCAACUGGAAGACUUGAGGAAAAUCAGUCAAAACAAUGACAAGAUUACCCAGCUACAGAACCAACUGGGGGAAGCCAACGACCUUCUGCGGGCUGAGUCUGACACGGUGGUGCGUUUGAGGAAGAGCCACACGGAGAUGGUGAAGUCAGUGAGCCACCUGGAGGGCGUGAAUCGUGAGCUGCAGGAGAAGAGCCGUGCUACAGAGAGUGUCAAACAACAGCUGGAAAAAGAGCUGUUGCAGCUGCAGACCACGCUAGACACAGAAAGACGAACCUGCAGCCGAGGCUCAGAGGAGAUCAGAGAACUGCAAGCUCGUAUCACAGGUCUACAGGAGGACAACAAGAACUUGAAGCAGAGUCUGUCUAAAGUGGAGCUGGAGAGGAAACAAGUCCAGGACAGAUGUAACGUUCUUGAGAAGGAGAAGAACAGUCUGGAAAUUGACCUAAACUACAAGCUGAAGACUCUACAGCAGCGGCUAGACCAGGAAUUGACAGAGCACCGCAUCACAAAGGCUCAACUCACAGACAAAUACGAGUCUAUCGAGGAGUCCAAGUCUGCUGCUAUGCAUGCGGUGGAGCAGAAGGUGUCAGAAGAGACCACACUGCGGAUGCGAGCAGAGAGCAGGGUGGUAGAGGUGGAGAAGCAGUGCUCCAUGCUGGAGUUUGACCUCAAACAGUCUGUACAGAAGAUGGAGCAGCUGAUGAAGCAGAAGGAGAGGCUGGAGGAUGAGGUGAAGGAUCUGCGGGUGCAGUUGGAGCAGGAGUCUGGGAAGCGUGUGCUGGCCCAAAACGAGCUGAAAAGCUGGACGAUGGAGGCCGAACGCCUGAAAGGAUCAGAGAAGCAACUCAAACAGGAGAUCAACGCGGCCCUCGAGAACAAACGCUCCGUCGAGUUCCAGUUGGCACAGCUCACCAAGCAGUACAGAGGAAAUGAGGGUCAGAUGAGGGAACUUCAGGACCAGCUGGAGGCUGAGCAGUAUUUCUCAACACUCUAUAAAACUCAGGUGAAGGAGCUAAAGGAGGAGAUAGAGGAGAAGAAUCGACAAACUCAAGAAGCUCUUAAAAAAGUCCAGGACCUGUACUCAGAGAAGGAGUCACUCUCUGCUCAGUUGGACCUCACCAUGACGAAAGCAGAGUCAGAGCAGUUGGCCCGUGCGCUACAGGAAGAGCAGUAUUUUGAACUCUCUCAGGAGAACAAGAAGGCUGUGUCACGUUACAAACAGGAGAUCACAGAGAAAGACUCGACCAUCACACAGCUUGAGGAAUCCAAUAAAACCCUCACCAAAGAUGUGGAGAUCCUCAGUAAGGAGAAGACUGAAUUGAAUGAGAGACUCCAAGCUCAAGAAGAAGAGUUUGCAGCAGAGAAGGAGGAGGUAGCAAACUCAGUAAAGGCGAAUUACGAGAAGGCCCUUAAUAUAGAAAGAACUCUGAAGACACAGGCGGUGAAUAAGCUGGCUGAGAUUAUGAACCGUAAGGACAUGAAGUUGGACCAGAAGAAGAGAGGCAGCACCACUGACCUGCGCAAGAAAGAGAAGGAGAAUCGCAAACUGCAGCUGGAGCUGAACCAGGAGAAGGAGAAGUUCAACCACAUGGCCAUCAAGUACCAGAAGGAGCUCAACGAGAUGCAAGCGCAAUUGGCAGAGGAGUCCACGUAUCGCAAUGAGCUGCAGAUGCAACUAGAUAGUAAGGAAAGUGACAUUGAGCAACUUAGAGAGAAACUGAACGACUUGCAGCUCCGCGUGGACAACUCCAGCGUCACCAGCCUUCAGACGGACGAGAUGGACAGUAACAUUGCUGAAUCAAGGCUUGAAGGCUGGCUUGCAAUACCUAAUAGGGCUAAUAUAAAAAGAUAUGGCUGGAAAAAGCAGUAUGUUGUGGUGAGCAGUAAAAAAAUUCUCUUUUACAAUGAUGAGCAAGACAAGGAGCAGUCAAACCCCUCUAUGGUACUAGAUAUUGACAAACUUUUCCAUGUACGUCCUGUCACACAAGGCGACGUUUAUCGAGCUGAAACGGAUGAAAUUCCAAGAAUAUUCCAGAUCCUUUAUGCUAAUGAAGGUGAGUGUAGGAAGGAAGCGGACGUGGAGAGUGUCCCUCAGGGUGAUAAGGCCAACUGCUUGCCCCACAAAGGCCAUGAGUUCAUCCCCACCCUCUACCAUUUCCCCUCUAACUGUGAGGCUUGCUCCAAACCACUGUGGCAUGUGUUCAAGCCUCCGCCAGCCCUGGAGUGCCGCCGUUGCCAUGUCAAGUGCCACAAGGACCAUCUGGACAAGAAGGAGGAUGUUAUCGCCCCUUGCAAAGUUAAUUAUGAUGUGACAACAGCUAGAGACAUGCUGCUUCUGGCCUUGUCCCAAGAUGAGCAGAAGAAAUGGAUUGGUCAUCUCGGCAAGAAGAUUCCCAAGACUCCUCCUUCUACCUUCUCAAGGGCAUCCCCACGCACAAUGUCCACUCGCUCCGUAGCAAACCAGUCCUUCCGCAAGAACCCCAAAAACUUGCCGGGCAAGCCAAGCAGGGCGCAGUCCAGUCUCCAUGCGGACACAACAUCCAGUACAUGCUGACAACAUCAUACAGCUCCUCCACACCUUAAAUGUCAAAUGGUGUAGUCGACUACUCCUGUGUUUGUUUAGUACAUUCAUUCAUAGUUUUUAAGGUCGAGGUUAACUGUGGUCAGUUGUUCUCUGGAGGCCUGUCCUUUUCUGUUUACUGUGGGUUUUUGUUUUCUAGAAUGACAAAUUCUUUCCUUUACAAACUUAAACAACUAAAAGGGAAUUUUCUUUAUCUGUACAGUGGCUCUCUGUGGUUUUGGCUUUAAAUUUCUAUUCUCUAUUCUGCCAUUUUUAUCAUUUUGGCAUUGUGGAGUUCAUAUUUGCAUUAGAAUAAUUUUUCAUUGAGAGUAAAAUUUCAUCACCAGCCACUUUUCGAGAGGCUGCUCAUUGCAGAGCCAAUGGGUGGAGCUUGACAUCCAGCUCUAAACUCUGCAGGACAGUGGCCCUCCAGGACAGAGACUGUCCAACCAUACCCUAACCCUACCCAUAACCUUAUCACUAAACAUAACUCUACCCAUUAUGUCUAGAGAGAGGGAAAUAGAUGUCAUUUUUCUGCCUUCAAAUUUCUCUGAUCAGACAAAACCUGAUAAAGGAAGUACUUAUAUUUUGCUUGAAGAAAAUGAAGUUUUUUUGAAGAUUUUUUUGUGUUGUCGCAUUAUUGACAGCAAGUACCAAUAUAACUGCUACUGUAUCAAUUAGACAGUACAUGGACCACACCUCAUCUGAAUACAAGAAGAGUGUUUAAACUGAGUGGAAAAGUGCAAAGUUUCGAAUGCAUAGAAAAAAAUCUCAAGACAAAAAUCUUGGAGCAGUUUCAGUAAAUGUAGAGUGGGUGUUCAUUUUGUAUAGUUAUAAACUUACUAGAAAUGUUGUGAUGAUUUAUUAAAAUUUAUUAGAAUAAGUAUACCACUAUCUCUGGGUAUAAAAGAGGCCAAAUAUUGCAGAAUAGUGUUGUCACGAUACUGGAAUUUCUAACUUUGAUAUGAUACCUUAAAAAGUAUUGAUAUUUGAUACCGUUUUCAAUACCACUGGGAAAAAAAUACUGCUGUUCAUCCAUCCAUUGAAAAUCUAGGCAAUCAAUAAUUUCUUCUGAAGAGAUCACUUUAUAUGAUUUUAAUUUAAGCUUUUAUUCAUAUAUAAACAUUGAUCAAUUACCAUUAUAAUUACCUCACGUAAAUAUUUGCUCACUCAAUGUAUUUGUGUUCUUACAAUGAGGUAGCUUGAUUUCACACUGUAAACUGAAUUUUAAGAAGAAAAGUAAAGAGCAAUAAAUAAAAUAAGAACAUAAAUUACUAACAACAGCACAAAUACAAUAGAAUAAAGAUACAAAUGAAAUAAACUGCUUUCUUUUCGGUAAAAACAGCAGUAUUCAUGUAAGAAACUGAAAGUAAUCAAAUUUAAAAUAACAUCUUUAUUGUAAAAAUUAAAUCCGAAUUAAACAAUUAAAGUUAUACAAAUUAAUCAGUCAACAGCAGGAAGUGAUUUUCUCUUUGACUUUUGUUUGAUUAAUAUUAACAGACAGCGGCAUGUUUAUUAGGCUGUUGUCCCUUUAAGACAUAAAUCUGCGGGCACGAGUAGAAUUAUGCGCAAUCCCACGGUGAAAUUCAGACCUGUCACACCAACUAUCAACACUAUUUAUUUCAGAUAUUUCAGUAUCGAUACGUAUCGAAAUAACGAUAUUUUUGACAACACGAUUACAGAUUAUUGGUGGUGGUGGCGGUGGGUACCCCCGAUGUCCACCGGACACCUACACCACUACCUGCACUGUUAUACAUUGUUCAAUAACCAGCUGUUAUAUUAAUCUGACCUAUAUUGCAAUACAUAUCUGCCCACUGUAUCAUGAUGACAAUUGGCUAUUCUUAUUACUGUAAUUUAGCUAACUGUGUGAUUUGAUUACAUUACUGAAAUUGCAUAACUUGCGCAGUCACCUCUGAUAACAGAUCACUCUAAAAUGUUGACAUGCAUUUUCUGUAGUGCUGCUUUGAAACAAUAUGUAUUGUGAAAAGCACUAUAUAAAUGUGCUACAUAAAUGUGAAUUAAAAUUAUUUAAAUGGACAAUAAGAAUUAGCAUUGAGAUUUAAAACAUUUUUGGCUGUAAUUUUAAGGUUAGAUGUAAUUUUAAGAUUAGAUAUCCUUAAUUGUCAUGAAAAUAAUGUCAUAAUGCAUACAAAUAUCUUAGUUGUCCUACAGGCUUCAUUUCCUUCAUGUAAAAUGUAACUUUUACUACUGCUUUGAUGUUGUUUUCUAUUUUCUGCAGUUAAAUGUGACGUUUUGUUAGAUUCACUUACAUUGAGAUGUGUGCGAAUCAUAUUAUGACUAUGAAAAGUUCUGUUUAACAUGGAAUUUCAGUGAGAAUGAUCCUAAAUUUAUACUUUCUUUCAAACACUGGAUAUUUUCUUUUCUUCUUUCUUUCAGCUAACCAUCUGAACCUCUGGAUUAAAUUGGGAUUUUUGUACUUUCCUCU